CUCCGACGAGCGGUCACGUACCGGGAAAGGAUGCGUAGCAUACCAACAAGUGCAGCCAGUUCGGAAACAAAAACAAUCCAGUCGGCCUAUAAAAGAGAGCUCCGAAUCUCACAGUAGCAGUUCGCUCCUAGCAUCGAAAGAGAUUCAAUAUGAAGCUGCUGGUGGUCUGCGCUCUGGUGGCUCUGGCCGCCGCCCGGCCGCAGGACGAACCCAAGUUCAAGACGCUCGAGGAUGCCGGCAUCCUGCGCAUGGAUUCGACCAUGAACGAGGACGGCUCGUUCCAGUACGGCUUCGAGACCACCGACCCGAUCCAGCAGGACGUGGCCGGACAGCCCAAACAAAUCGGAGAGGAGAUCGGCAUCGCCAUGCAGGGAUCCUACAGCUUCCAGACUCCUGACGGUCAGACCAUCACCGUCAACUGGGUGGCCGACGAGAACGGCUUCCAGCCGGAGGGUGACGCUAUCCCGUAAACGUUGACUUUCUAGGUACCGGCGAUGUCUUAUGGCAGAACAAAGGACUAUUCAGUGACGUGGUGACAUGAUCGUCGUGGCUGCAGAGAAACUAUCAAGACCCUGCUUGUGCGAUGGGUGGUUCCUGCUUUGCUGUCUUUCUGUCUUGCCUAUCCGCAAGACUAAUCUUCCUAUACUGUCACGUAGACUAGGUCAGCAAGCUGAACACUGAAUAAAAGAAGUGUUCUGA